AAAGAGCCAAACACAAAGUGGAAACGGUGAACUUUUGGGCUAAUUAGAAGUAGCUAAAACCUCGUCUAAUUAUUUUAUCAAUGACUUGUGGCUUGUUUAUUUAACAAAACUGAAGGUCUAUUUUGGACGCAGUUGAUGUCUCUAACUUACCGAUGCUAACACCUUCGAAGUCCAGUUAGUCGGUUCCAUCGUUAGCUUCGGGAUGAAUUCGUAUCAUGUUUUGGAGCUUGCGGGCGAGGGUUCGUUUGGCCGAGUUUAUAAAGGAAGGAAAAAAUACACUGGCCAAGUGGUGGCUCUAAAAUUCAUGCCAAAAGUGGGUCGGUCUGAGAAAGAGCUCCGAAGUCUGAAGAGGGAAAUAGAGAUCAUGAGAGAUCUUCAACAUCCCAAUAUUGUUCAGCUCUUUGACAGCUUUGAAACAGAAACUGAGGUUGUAGUUGUAACAGAGUAUGCAGAAGGCCAGUUAUUCCAGAUUCUGGAAGAUGAUGGGAACUUGCCAGAAAGUCAGGUCCGUGAGAUUGCAUGCCAACUGGUUUCUGCUCUGUAUUAUCUACACUCCCAUCGCAUUCUUCAUCGUGACAUGAAACCACAAAAUAUUCUUUUAGGAAAAAGUGGUGUUGUGAAGCUGUGUGACUUUGGGUUUGCCAGAGCUAUGAGUGUCUCCACCUUGGUCCUUACUUCUAUUAAGGGAACACCACUGUACAUGUCCCCUGAGCUGGUAGAGGAGAAGCCCUAUGAUCACACUGCUGAUCUCUGGUCUCUGGGCUGCAUCCUUUAUGAGCUCCACACGGGGGUGCCACCAUUCUACACUAACUCAAUUUUCCACCUGGUGCAGCUCAUUGUGAGGGAUCAGGUCAAAUGGCCAGACACUAUGAGCAACACCUGCAUGAGUUUCCUGAAAGGUCUGUUGACCAAAGACCCUCAGAAACGGCUAUCGUGGCCUGACCUCCUGCACCACCCCUUUGUUGCUGACAGCGUUUUAGUGCUGUCAGACACGAACCUCUUCAGCCCUUUGACAGUCACACCCAGCCCAGAUGUGAUGGCACUGAAGCUUCAGCAAGUGGCAGAAAAGUCUGUACCAUCAUCUGGGGAGAGCCGACUGCUGCGAAAGGUCAGGGAGCAGAGUGAGAACAAAAGGAAAGCAGCCGCCAAUGAGAACACAGCAAAAAAACGGGAUGGAAAUAAUAGCGGAAACUCUGCUGCCUCAUCAGCAUCGCCUCCUUUGAGCGAUCCUUCAGGUAUUUUAGCAAAAGAAGCUGCCAGUCCAACCAUCAACGGGAGAAUUCAAGCUUGCACAAGAUCCAAACAAAGGUGUUUGGGUCAGAUCAGCAUAGACUACGAGCAAGAGUUUCCCUCUGUAGAGGUUGGGCCGCAGCUGGUGCGGAGAUGCAGUGAGGACAGCCUGGAGACGUCGCACAGGCAGGAUGUCGAUGACGAAGACUUUUGGAGGACUCUGGUUCAAAGAUCAGAUCCAAGCAGACAGCAGAGAGAGCAGCUAAACUACCACCAUAUAAUAUCCCAGAUUAAAUCCAAGAUAGUGGCAUUUCAAACUCAGUUGACAUGUAGCGUUGGAGCUGCAGCGCAGCAGGUUCACCACCCGCUGAAGGUCCUGCUUAACCUGCUGCUCACUCCUGACCUGGAGAAGUCUCAUCAAAUCAGCCAUCAACUUGAACUACCAGGGGUCCUCUUUGACCUGAUUCGAGAUUCUGUUGAAAAUUCUGAUUUUAUCAAGCAACCAUUCAGUGCUGCAGUCCUUGGAGACAUGCUGACAGCCCUCUUAAUCUACUGGGAGAAGCACUGUGACUGGGUAGAGGGAGAGCCUAGAUUGGAAGAGUUAACCAAACCCUUCAGCACAAUUCUGAGACAGCCAAAUCUCAUUGCUCUGGCACCUCUUGCUGCAUCUGUUUUGUCGCUCUUCACACAACAUGUUGAUGUUUUAGUUGAUGUGGAAAGUGUAACUUCCUUGCUGGAAACUCUUCUGUUGGCCUCAUGUAAGCCCCUGAUUUCACCUCCGGCUGGUUGGGGACUCUGUGACGGCCUUCUUUCUUUGCUCCAGCACGCACUCUCUGAGCAUGAAAACGCCCCGGUAUCUCUUUGUUUAAGUUAUCUCAUGCUUGUGGAUCUGUGGAAAAGGAUUGGUAUUUCACUUGCAAGUGCAACUCCAAACUUGGAUCUUUGCUCAGCAAAUGGGUUUUACUCUCUUCUGUCCAUUGUGCUGUUUGUCUUCACCAAAGAUCCAUACUCAUGCAUUCCUUUGUUUUCUGAGAGCGGAUCAGAAUGCGUAUACACGCUCGGCUGGCUUCUUGGCACUGACUGUCUUGAUUUGCUCGCCAAAGACACAAAGAUAGAAGAGGCGGAGCUGGGUCAUGACAGUCUUUCCUCUUUGAGCUGCCUCCUAUUAUGUUUUCCAUUUGCUUUGGACCUGCCCUCACAGUCCAAGUCCUCAGUGCUGCAGCUAUAUGACAGCUGUGAUGUUGUUUCAGGCCUCCUGCAGGUGAUUCAAACUGCUGCUCCUCCACUCCUAGAGCUGCCCCUCUCCCUGCUGAGCCGUUUGUUGUUGUGCGAUCCGGAGCGCUUCGUUUCCCACAUCACGGGAGCCGAUGCAGGCUUUUUGUCAUCACCUCAGCCCUGCCAGCCCUCUGCCACAAACCAUCCCACUGCCGUGACCAGAACGGCCAGCUCUCUCCUCCUAGACUUGCUCCAGCAGGACGGGCUGUGGGACUCUGCUGUGGAGCUGCUGACUGUGUUGUACCAAGUAGCUCGUUGCUGGACUCAGCCCCAUGUGGAGGUCUCAGUGCUGCAUCAGGCUCUGACUCACCCGUAUGACCAGAUCAGGGCUGCCACAUGCAGACUUCUGGGAAAUUUAAGUCCAUUCCUGCUAAAAGAUACACAACAGCCGGAGUUUUUCAAAGACAUGAUAGACUGUCUUGGUGACUCCUGUGUGCCUGUCCGGCGGAUGGCUUGCAGGGCAGUUGGGAACUGGCUUGGCUACAUUGCAGCACGCGCAGAGCGUACAGUGAUUAAAUCUGUCGGGAACGGCACCGACGCCACAGGACGGAGCAAAGAGAAUAAACAGAGUAAACACUCGAGUCCAAAUUUUGAGGCGGGAGGUUAUUUUGCAACGAUAAGAGAGCAGAGCGUUGAUGAGGAGGAGCAGAGGAGGUGGACAGAGGAGGCCCUGCGGUCAGUGGCCACGCUGGCAUGUCUGCUCGCUGACCCUGAUGCCCUCAUACGUCGUCACAGCUGUGUAGCACUGGGAAACCUGGUGAAAGUGGACGGUGCUGUGCCUCUGCUGUUGGAGGAAAAUGUGUCCAGCUUACUUUUGAGAGCCGCAUGCACCGAUUCUCAUAAUGCUGUGAGACAAGCUGCCAUAGCAACUCUGAGCCUGUACAGCCAGCAGGAGGACAUGCAUAAGGCCCUGAUUUCCCUUGAUGCCACCCAGAAACUUUGCCAGGCUUCACAACAUGCUCAUCCUCAAAGUCACUGAGAAACGGCUUCUUGGACAGCUCUAAACUUGACUCCAGUUGAACAGAAGUUAUAGAACAUAGAAGUAAUUUUCUUUAUCAUUAGAUCCUCUGGUCCGAAAGUACAUUAUAGUAUCUCCUGUUUAUUAGACAAUUAAUUUGAAAAACAUGCUUUCUGUGGCAUAUCCGGCCACUCACUUUUGCAGUGGAAUGAAUUGAUAAUUAAUAGUUGAAAUUUAGUUCAAUCUAACAGGGCUGUUCUUUUAAAUAACUGAAAUCAAACAUUCUUACCUGCAAUGUAAAUAAAGAAUAAUUUUUUGUAGGAACCAUUGAAAAAAUAAAAGGGAGUUUUGUGUUAUAAAGUCUGAGUUUUUACUGUGUUUUGCU